GAGAUAAGAACGAUCGCGAGAGGACGAGAUUCAGGCGGCUGCGCAAAGCGGGUGGAGGUGGGUGGAGAAAGUGAGAAGGAAGAGGAGGUGCAGUCCCACAAUACCAGGCGGGAGGGCGGGUAGGCGGUUUGUAUCCGGGCUGUGAGGUGCUCGGAACCUCCGCGGACCUUGCUGCCGCUGUCUCUUUAACGCGAGAGGAAGCGAUGCAGAGGGGUGGAAAAUGGCAGAGCUGCAGAUGUUACUAGAGGAGGAGAUCCCGUCUGGCAAAAGGGCGCUGAUAGAGAGUUACCAGAACCUCACCCGGGUGGCGGACUACUGUGAAAACAACUACAUACAGGCUACAGACAAGAGGAAAGCUUUAGAAGAAACCAAAGCCUAUACAACCCAAUCCCUAGCUAGUGUUGCUUAUCAAAUAAAUGCAUUGGCCAACAAUGUUCUCCAAUUGCUGGACAUCCAAGCCUCUCAACUUCGGAGAAUGGAGUCUUCCAUCAAUCAUAUCUCACAGACUGUGGACAUUCAUAAAGAGAAAGUGGCUCGAAGAGAGAUUGGUAUUUUGACAACAAAUAAGAAUACAUCAAGAACUCACAAAAUAAUAGCACCUGCAAAUAUGGAGCGCCCUGUAAGGUAUAUUCGGAAACCUAUCGACUACACGGUUCUAGAUGAUGUGGGCCAUGGUGUCAAGUGGCUAAAAGCCAAGCAUGGAAAUAACCAGCCUGCAAGAACUGGCACACUGUCGAGAACAAAUCCUCCCACUCAGAAACCACCAAGUCCUCCCAUGUCAGGCCGGGGAACAUUGGGACGGAAUACUACUUACAAAACCCUGGAACCUGUUAAACCCCCAACAGUUCCUAAUGACUACAUGACGAGUCCUGCUAGGCUUGGAAGUCAGCAUAGUCCAGGCAGGACAGCUUCUUUAAAUCAGAGACCGAGGACACACAGUGGCAGUAGUGGAGGAAGUGGCAGUCGAGAGAACAGUGGAAGCAGCAGUAUUGGCAUUCCCAUUGCCGUGCCUACACCUUCACCACCCACUGUUGGGCCAGCAGCCCCGGGCUCAGCUCCUGGUUCCCAGUAUGGCACAAUGACCAGGCAGAUAUCUCGGCACAACUCUACCACUUCUUCAACAUCUUCUGGUGGAUACAGACGAACUCCCUCUGUGACUGCUCAAUUCUCUGCUCAGCCUCAUGUUAAUGGAGGUCCACUUUAUUCUCAAAAUUCAAUUUCUAUUGCUCCCCCCCCUCCCCCUAUGCCUCAGUUGACUCCACAGAUACCUCUCACAGGCUUCGUGGCCAGGGUGCAGGAAAACAUUGCUGAUAGUCCAACUCCACCACCACCUCCUCCACCAGAUGACAUUCCCAUGUUUGAUGACUCCCCGCCUCCGCCACCACCACCUCCAGUGGAUUAUGAAGAUGAGGAGGCUGCGGUAGUUCAGUAUAAUGAUCCAUAUGCAGAUGGGGAUCCUGCUUGGGCCCCAAAGAAUUAUAUUGAGAAAGUUGUUGCAAUAUAUGAUUAUACAAAAGACAAGGAUGAUGAGCUUUCGUUUAUGGAGGGUGCAAUCAUUUAUGUCAUAAAGAAGAAUGAUGAUGGCUGGUAUGAAGGAGUCUGCAAUCGAGUGACUGGUCUGUUUCCUGGGAACUAUGUUGAAUCAAUCAUGCACUAUACUGAUUAAAUUUUUUGCUUUUAAAGUAGAUUCUCCUUAUUACUCAGUCAUACUGUGGGACUAUUAUGGUUAACAGAAUUGUCUUAAUAUGUUUUACAAUGUGCCCAUAUUUUCAGGACAUGCUGUUUUAUUGAUAAUAAUUGAAUGUCUACCCAUAAGUAUAACUCUUUGAGGCAGUUUAUGUAAUUUAUACAGGAAGCUGUCCAUAACUGAUUAUGCUUAUGUAUUUACUUACACAUUGUUAAAUUUAUGACCAGCUUAAAUAUUCUGGGAAAAGUGGGGUAUAUUUAAAUCAUGAUUCAGAUUGUACCAUUACAUCUUUUAGUGCAGCAUGGUUACUAACACUGUCAGACUAAUAUUAAAAUCAGAAAAUUUAAGUACUGGUGCUGGUCAGAUUUUUUGUUUAGAUUCUCACUUUUGAACUAUACUAUUUGUUUAAAGCAUGCAUACAAAUUUAUGUAUUGAAAUAUACUUUUUAAAGAUCCAGGAUGCUUCCAAAUUGUGUCAUAUUUACCUGGAGUACUCAUACUUUAAGCCUCUUGAAUUGAGUCUCUCAGGUCUCCAUGUGAAACAAAACAAACAAAAAGGUGGUCUGUAAUGUUGUAAUUUGUACCUAAGUUUUUUAAUAAGUGAAUUUGCAUUACGAAUUUUUUUCAUUCAUAAAUACGUAAGUGAACCAAAGGUCUUUGUCCUUUCCUUCAUUGGUUUGCUUUAAAAAAAAAUAAAAGAUGCUGAUUAUUGGAGAAUUAUGGUUCUAUUUUCUCAAUAUAUUGACUUUGGAAAAAAUUUAGCCUUACGUCAAUGUGUCCCAACAGCAGUGUGACUGAUUACUGCAGAUUUAAAAUCUGAAAUGGUUAUUUACAAGUCAAUCUACUGAAUUAAUUUUUUCAAGCUAAGAACAUGUGUCAUAAUGUGCACACUCAUUCUAUAGGUAAAAUUCUUAUGGAUUGCCAAGUCAGUCCUUCAGUUUUACAGCACUAUUGUAUAUUGGUUCAGUGAAAGGAAAUUAUAAGUAUCUUUUACAUACUACUGUUGUAAAAGUGGAUGCAAAUAAAAGUGGAUGCAAUUCAUUUUUGAAUAGGCACUAUUUAAUCCAUUAUUUGGCAGAAGCAACAUAGCAAGAUUUUACAAUAAAACAGUUGGGAAAGGAGGUGAAUCAUUCAUCAGUGAACAGGGGGUAUAACCUAACCAACAGAUGUGUAUUGUCUUUGGACAUAACUGAAAUGCAACACAUGCACUUUGUGUGUCUCCUCUUAAUUUACGGGAGGGCUAGAGGGAUAUUUUCUCAUCUUGUGUAUAAUUCUAUAUUGUUUAGGGAAUUAGGAUAGAGUAUUCAAGUGUGGGUUUCUGUGUAUUGAGGAUUGUUUGAUUUUCAAAUUACAGUUAUGUAUACUGGGCGAUACAGCAUAGUGAAUGGUAAGAAUGAAUAGUGGAAAACAUUUAUUUCUCAAAAUUAAAGACCAUUAUUGCUAACAAAUCCAUGUGACUGUUUCAUAUGCAUUUUACCUGUUAAUUUUAAACAUGAUUUCAGUGUCAUUAGUGAUCAACUAGCUACUUUUCUGCUUUUCAUUUUUUGAGUGGACUGUUCUCUUCAUUUGUAUAUAACCUGUUGUCCAAAUUUUAUGUACAGUCUUUUAUAAUAAACCAUUCUCUAUAAAUUUUGGAUACUGUUCAAGUUUGACUAAUGCGGACCUAAGUAGAGACUUCACAGUUCCCUGACCUUCACUGCUGUGCUCCCUUUGCCUUGUCAGUAAAGGUGAAUCAAGACAAACCAUUUGAAUUUUAACAUUAUUUAUUUGUGUAAUGGCUUUACGUGUGGAUAUUAACAGUGUAAACAAUACCACACAUAACCAUCAAGAUACCUCAAUUAGAAUUUACAGGACUAGAAUGGCAGAUUGAGAUGGCUUAAUUACCUAGUUACAACUUUCUUCAAUAUAAUUUUCUUUAAAAAGUUUUCUGAAAAUCUUUGCUAAUUAAAAAAAAAAAAAUUGCCCAUCA